AGGAAAACCGCACUAGUGAGAUAUAUCUGUAGUAAUACUCACGCCGGCCGAGAGACGUUCGAAAAAGCCGCGAGGAAAGGUGGAUUCGCUGAUGAUAGGACAUCAACGAGCCGGCUAGGCGGCGAAAUUGUCGGGCGGAUCGACGGUAUUUCCCGUGUGUCUGAUGCUCGCUUCUGUCGUGUGUGUAUGUGUGGCUGUGCCCUGUGCCUGUGGCUGUGUAUGUCUGUGGUGAUCGACGCGUGAGACUCCCGUAUCACGUACACUCUUUCAGUGCAGGAAACUCGUGCUCGUUAUCUGGCCACUUUUCUCGUGUCUCGUUUUUCUGUUCCUUUCCACUUCGUUUCUCUGUUCAACUCCAUUUUCCGUCUCUUUCUUUCUCUUGGUUAUUCGCUCACAUACUCCCCCCCGUCUUUCUCUCUUUUUCUUUCUCUUCCUCUCUUUCUAACCGCUCUGUCUCUUUCUCGUUCUCGCGCGGCUGCUCACGCUGCCGCGUUGUAUCUUCUCUCUGUUUCGAUCCAGCCACCUCUCUUGCCGCGUUUUCACUGUUGCCGCUGCUCUUCCCGAACAACUAUAUAUUUUUUUCUGUUCCGCGAUGACCGCGCGACCAAUAAAGGAAGGACUACGCGAGUGAUUACCGUCGCAGGGGAACGAGAGGAAACUUUCGUGGAAAUUGGACCGACGGUUUGAAGUCUGUGUUUUUGUUUACAUAGACGCGAAACUGCCCACGCGACUACGGAAACGUCGAAGAGCAGGUUAAAAGCGUUCCCGUUCGACGAAUACGCUGGUCGAUGACGUUUUUACGCGAUUGAUCGUCAAAACAUUCGAAAACCAUGGCCUUCGAUUCCACGGAGAAUAAAAUUUUACACGUCGUCUGAAGUCCCAGACAGCUUUCCGACAGAAGAGUGCAUUAAUUCCUCGAACUCAUCGCUCUCUUUUAAAGUUCCUCGAGUGGUGAAUAAAGAAUAAGAAGAGAAGUCGAGGACGUGGAACGAUAAGUAAAGAAACAGGAAAGAAAGCGGGAAGGAAGGAUACCAUCAAUUACUUUCGUUCUGAAAUAAGAAUGGACCAUGAAGGAGCGCAUCGCGAGCUGGUAGUAGACGAGUGGUCGUCCUCGCGGUUGGUGUCACGACGGUCGUCGACGGGAUCCUGCAACGUUCGAACAUUCACCCUGCAGGUGUUGCGCGCGGCAGGCACGAGCGCAGAUGCAAUAAUCGGGGGUGACCCGGUUGCUGCCGCCGGGGCGGCGAUGCGACGAUGAGCUCGCCAAGGAUACUGCUAUCCUUCUACACCCGACCAGAGCCCCGAAUAGUAGCAAGGCCGGGUCGCCUCGCAGACUGUCCCAAGGUCGAGCAGAGAGAAGCGGAAGCCGGUUCAAGGCCAAAAUUAUUCGCCUGGCCAUGGACCUCGAGGCGAGGAACGGAACCGGCGGGAAUAACGACGACGAAGAUACGAAUAUUUACUUCAUCGUUGGCGAUCGCAGGAGGAAAACCACCUACAAAGCGGAUCAGAUCACGGACAUGGAGCUUAAGGAAUUUUUUAGAAAUGCGGCAAAGGCUGGUCCUCUGGACAUCGUGAAGCUUCGCAAGGGGGACAAGCUCUUAAACAUUUCAACUAAUUUGCCGGCGAACACGCACGACUCACCGUAUGUUCUUCAGAUCGUCGGAGCGCAUCCGGCCUCGUCGGGGGUGAUCGAGGCGGAAGUGCUGUGGGCUCUCGAAAGACGUGUGGCGGCCUUGGAACGGCAACUUCGGGAGCAGCAAGAAGCUCUAUACGCGUCACCAUCCUUCGCUCUUCGUGAACUCAAGCGGCAGGUCGAUAGUUUCAAGAACAAAUUGGAACACAACGACCAGCUCAAUUGGCUGAGUUUCUACAAACAGCUUCCAGAGCCUAUCUACGCGGAUUCUUGCCGCAGAUUGCAGUAUCGUCGGAAGAGCGACAGCAUGAAGCGGAAGGUGCGCGAAAAGUUCCUCAAUAUCUGCGACGUGUCAGUAUCAUCGAACGUUCGUGAGUGUCUCCGUUCGCCGGCGUUUGACGCGCGACAGUGGGAAGACGAAGAGCUUCUGUUGAUGCUGCAGACGAUGUUCGUCGAGCUCGACCUACCUCAAAAGUUUAACAUUCCUUUACCAAUUCUGAGGAACUUCCUCUACGAAGUUUACAACAACUAUAACGAAGUGCCAUUUCAUAACUUCAGGCACUGCUUCUGUGUGGCGCAAAUGAUGUAUGCGAUAUCCUGGGCAGUAGAUCUGCCAUCACGGAUCGGCGACCUUGAGGUUUUCAUACUCAUUGUCUCCUGCAUCUGCCACGACCUAGACCAUCCGGGGUACAACAAUAUUUAUCAAAUAAACGCGCGUACCGAGUUGGCCCUACGGUACAACGAUAUUUCACCUCUGGAAAACCAUCAUUGCUCGGUGGCGUUUCGCGUCCUGGAGGCGCCUGAAUGCAAUAUAUUGGCAUCCUUGGAUAACGCCACAUAUCGAAUAGUGCGCGAGGGGAUCAUCAGAUGCAUCCUCGCAACGGAUAUGGCCAGGCAUAACGAGAUCCUCGGGCAAUUCACCGACACCAUUCCCGAAUUCGAUUACUCCAACAAAGCCCAUAUCAAUUUAUUAUCGAUGAUCCUCAUUAAAGUAGCGGACAUUAGUAACGAAGCCCGGCCGAUGGAAGUCGCGGAGCCUUGGCUAGACAGGCUGCUCCAAGAAUUCUUUAAGCAGAGCGACGCGGAGAAACUCGAGGGACUUCCGGUGACACCGUUCAUGGAUCGUGACAAAGUAACUAAACCUUCGUCACAGGUUAGCUUUAUCGGCCUGGUACUACUUCCUCUGUUUGAGGCCCUUGGGGAGUUGCUUCCAGCGUUGCAGAGCUUAAUAGUACAACCAGUAAGAGAAGCCCUAGAAUACUAUCGCAGACUGAACGAAGCGGCGAAAGAUGAGCGUCACCACAGGAAGAGCGUAGCAGACCUGGGUGAAUCAACACCAAUGGCUACGUCACCAGGUGGCACCGGCUCAUCGACCGUAGUUAAGUCGGUCUCGUCGCACAGCAUGCGUUCGAAACGUUCCACCGGCACGACACACUCGAGGUCGCGAUCCACUGAUGAGGACAUCACGGAGAACUUGACGGCGGAGGACGCCGAGAACAUCGAGAGCUCAGACCCCGAGACAGCGACGGAGGUUGAAAUCAGCGAGAAGACGUUAAAGUUCAAGAUUUCGACGGAGGGCACCAUAGCGGGCCCGCCAACAGGUAGGAAAAGCUACCCGGGUAGCCGGAAGGGGAGUCGGGAGAAAUCUUCACUGGAUUAUCAUAAUCACGACCUGGUCAGGGCUGUCCGAGACCAUGAAAGAAGACGAAGUAAAGGAGAGAAUCUUGGUAGCAACCUGAGCUCGCCGGUCAGCGCGAGGUCGGCGGAGGAGACGAGAAUCCUCGAGGAGCUGGAGAAGGACGACACCGUUCCGCUGGACGCGAAGAUGGGCGAAGGGAGGCUGCUCGAAGGGAACGGUAAUGUUGUAGCGCAGGUGCAACGGAACAACUUCAAGAAGACGGGUAGUUCGCCGGAGAACGAUCAGGAGCUCGUCAGGUCUAGUCGCAGAGAAGUUCAAAGAGAAUCGAUGGUACUGCGAUGUUGCUGCAACGACAAAGCGGGAACCAACAACCAUAAGUCAAUCCUCACUCGACUAAGGAACUUCACGGACCGGCUGAACAUCAGCUUCGACUCGAAGGACUCCCUCUCGCCGAAGCCGACCAAGCACGUCCCUAAGGCGCUGAACAAAAGCAACUCCGUGAGCAACACGUCCGUGGCGACCACCUCUUCUAGACACAACAACUCGCUGUCGGUCUGUAAACGAUGCAAUCUCGCUAAACCCCCGGCCAAAGAACCCAAGGCAAUAGCGACGGUGGUCGAGUUGCGUUCGGUGGAUAAGAGAGCGAUGACGCUGCCGAAGGUCCGUAAAUCAGCCGACUGCAAGAACAAGAGCUGGAGGACGGUGUUCGCCAAAGAAAAGAGAUCAUCUACAUCGUUGGAGAUGUUACCUAGCGCGAUGACAGAGGUUUCACUGGCGAAACACAGGCGGAACUUCUCGAACCCCGAAGGCAAGUCGCAGAGCCUGAAGGAGGUAAAGGAGCAGAAGGGCGUGGAUAUCGAGUUCGGUGAGAUUAACGUGCGCGCGAAGAAGCAGAAGCCUGAACUCGUUGUCAAGACUGAACACGGUUCCGGAGAGGCGUUACAGAGUGAUAUAGGUAAGGUGGAGAUAAGGAGAAGCUCGGCGAGCAUGGAGGACAUAUCAAAGAUGACGAAGCAGACUGAAAGCGUGAUGCUCGGAUCGUUGGAGCCAAAGAAAGCGGAGGAGCGUCCUCACGCAGGUAGCCUCGACUCGAUGCUGUGUACGGAGUCAACCAAAACCAGGAAAAAGCCGAUUUUCUCUUCCCCGGCCGCGACCAAAAAGUCGUCCCCUGGCCUCCUAUCGCGAUUCAAGUCCGGCAUGAGUGUGGACAGCACGAGGAGCAACAGUAAUAGCGACUCAUUGCACGACCAAAGCUCGCAAUCGACGAGCGGCUGGAUAUCCUCUCUGACGGCCAGUUUCCGGCCGAAGAGACAGGCGUCAGAGGCUCCGUUGUCCUCGCAUCCCCCGCGGUCGCUCAGUCGAGAAGAGAUCAAGUGAUACGGCCUGGUGGUCGACGACGCAUCCGAGAAACAGUUAUCGGGCCUGCACAGGUGGCUGGCUGAGAAUUUCUUUUGUUGCAGCGGUUGAACGUUUCGUUCGUCGGUCCUCGAUAAGCUACUGCUUCUCGCGCGUUAUCCGAAGGAAGUCGGCGACGGGAAGAGGCAGACGGAGCCAAAGAGAGAUCGAGGAAGCGUCUCUGAGACGCCCGGACACCGAGGGGAGCAAACAGUGACAUUGGAGGAUUCGUGGUCUUCCGCCAUUACUUCGCACGCGAAUCGACUGUGUUUUUUCACGAUCUACGUUAGUUCGAGAAUUGUUAUUUUAGCUCGGUUUCCCGCCACAGACGUCCCAUUCGGAGGAAUUCUGACAAAGAUACGUUGAAUUCUUCUCGGGUUCAUGGGGCGACGCCGGGCCCGUUGAAAAUUACGGACUGUGGCAAUCCCCUGUCUAAUAGAAUCUGCAUUCCAAUAAGAAACACGUACUCGCGGCAGACUUCGUCACGGAUUCUCCUGCGUUACCGGCCGAGUGUUAUUUUUUUCUUUUAUUACGUCAGACUGGAAAGGAUUCGAUCGCUUUGCGUCCACUUCUUGUCGAAUGAACAUCGUUCGGACGGGAACGCAUGGAAAAUUCACGCAAAGAGCUCGACUGCUUUGCCACGUCGAGGAUGGCCUGUAAAGUAAUAACAGAGAGAAAAAGAGCGAGAGGGUUGGGGGGGAAAGAAAGAAAAAGUGAGAAAGAGAGGGAAGGAAGAAAGAGGGAGAAAGAGAAAAAGAGAAAAUGACAGAGCGAGAAAGCGUGUGCCAUUGUGUUUGCGCGAAAGAAUGUGUGCGUGCGUGCGUACGUGUGUGUGUGUGAGAGGGAGAGAGAGAGAGAGAGAGCGAAAGGGGUAGAAGAUGGUAAAACAAAUUAAAAUGAUGUAAACGAGGAUCAAACGCAAUUUCAAAAAUGUCUUAGUACGUUCGUGUAGUAAGUUGAUUAGCUGUUUCCAAAUGUAGCCAGAGAAGUGUGUGAGUCUAAUUAGCAUUCGUGUCGAGGCCAAACUGUCGAACAGGUGGCAAAUACCAAAUAUAUGUAUAUUGCUCCUAACUAUGGAUCUCCGUUCUGAAAGCAUAAAUGGGUAAAAAACAAAAAUAUUGCGAACAAUGAGAUUCGGGCGUUGCAGACAAGCGAUGGUGCAAAGGAGAAAUGUGAAAGGUGGAAAGAGACAUAAAGAAUCAAAGGGCAAAAUGCACUUGGUUUUAGGUAUGUCGAGAGAGAAAGAGAGGGAGAGAAAGAGAGAGAGAGUGAGAGUGAGACAGAGAAAGAGAGAGAGGGAGAGAGAGAGAAAUCAUGCGCGAUAUAUAAACUAUUUUAUUUAUUGUCCAAUUAAAAGAAUAGCCUAAUCAUUAAUGUUGUUCGUUAUUAUACAUAUAUACAUAAAAAAAGCUAUAUAUGUAUACAUAUACAUAUAUGCAAAACGCAAUGUAUACAAAGACGUGAAAGAAAUAUGCAACUCUCAUUAAGACGAAAGCGUACGUAUAUAAAUAUAUAGAUAUAUAAGGGAAGAAAUAAAAUCGUAUAUAUAAAAGAAAUCAAAUCUAUACGAUACAGGAGAGUAAACGCGUAGAUAGAUAGGAAAUGGAACGGAUUUAGACGGACACAUCGUGUCUAAUUGCAAUUGAACAUCUAAAACAUAAUGAAAAGAACAAAAGUAAUGGGUACCGUACGGAAGACAUUUUUUUCGUACGCCAUGAACACCGCGAGGAAAGAGACGAAAUAACCGUGAAUACCGACGGAGAACGUAUGGAGAACGAUUUCGUUGAUCUGUCAGAAAUUUAGAUGGAUGUUUAAUAAAUGGUGUUUACUCGUGACGAUGUGUCUUCCUCUGAUUGAAAGUCAAUAGUAAGUCAAGUAACACAUGUGGAUAGAACGGCUCUAAUAAUAACGCUUACGAAUUUUUUUUAAAGGGGUAUUCUCACUCAGAAAGCCGGAAAGUAAACGAUUUUUAGCACGCAUUCUUAUUGUUUUGCCUUUUAAAAAUAAUUUGAAAAAUAUUUUGAAAACAUUUUCCACAGAAUAUUUUUGAACUGACAUUCGUAUAGAACAUAUGAAAUUAAAGGUGAAUUAAAUUAUUCUAUAACAAUUUUUAAAAAAUCGCGAACAUUAUCAAAGCAUCGUUUUACUAUAUUCUCCACGAAUUCUUCUCAACUAAUGACAUUUAAUUUUCUAACCUGAAACGGCAGUAUUCGUUCCAAAAGUGAACUAUUGGAACAACUGUUUUGCUAGCACAUAUUUAUACGAAACAUCAAAGCUUAUCCACUUUCCCUCGAAUUAUGUAAAAUCAUAAUUUUCACAUAAAGUAAACAUUAAGGCUACGACGUGUUUCGUGGAUAAUUUCAAUAAAUGAAUAUGUAUAUUUUUAAAAAAUUAACAUACUGAAUAUACUGAAUUUUGGAAAGAAAAAACAAAAACAAUUUACAUCGCUGAUUCGUUGCUGUCAUGAGUCAUAGCGUUUAAACGCUGCUCAAAGUCGAAGACUGGAGAUAGGGAAUGCCCCUUUAAAUAACAUCUGCAACAUUUUCUGAUAGAAAGUAGCCUCUCUUCGUUCUACCCGUUUUCCACGUGUCGCUAAAUUUUUAAUAGAUCGACAAAUCUCCUCCAAGUCCGGGACUCGCGACCGCGUCGAAACAAAAAAAAAGGAAAGAAAAAGAAAAAACGAUGACCGAGAAAAUACACACGUGCACAGCCUAACGCGAACUCCCUCGUGGAGAAGGAAACCCACGUGACUACUUCGUCCACAGCGCGCCAUUACGCAUGUGUUUUUCAGUCUUAAACGUAAUUAGUUCUCUAACGGCGUCUCGCUUUCUUUUUUCAUUUUUAGAUGUUUAUAUUUUUAUACUCCAACCAGUGUGUCUGUACAGCGAUUAAAAACCGCAUGUAUUGUUGAACUCUAGUCUUACGUUAUUGUCUUCAGCACCCAAAACUCGUUUUGGGUAUUCUUCGGUUUCUACGGCGAUCGUAGAGCGGAAAGAAGAAACCCGCACUCGCGCGGACUGAGCGACCCUCUGCGUUCUGCAUGAACACUCGUUCGAUAUUUCCCUUCGAGUCUGCGGGAAGAGAUUCGAGCGAAUUGAAAGAAUGCAAAAUUAUCGAUUAAAAUGUAUGGUAUUUAAUAUAGAGAAGUAGGCAAAAAGAAUCAAAGGAAUUUCGAUAGCGUUAACGAAACAUAAUAAUCGCUAAAGAAAUCGAUUGGUAAUCAGAAAUAUGGGGGUCUUAGGAUAAUUUUCUUUCGUAUAAUAUUCCUCAAAAUGUGAUAACCACUGUUGUUUUCUGUAAUUAUAGGAAUUGAUUUUAGCUAACGUUACAAUGAAUUUAACGGCUACUCUCUACGUGGGGCGACGCCAUGUUAAGAGAUUCGUUCGUGUGUCGACGAAGGAGGUUGUUAGAGAUAAAUUAUGAUUGUUAAUAUUUGUGCUGAAAAAUCAUUGGACAUUAUGUUUGUCAAGGGAGGAAUAUACUGUUAAAAUUGUGACAUCAAUGUUUCUUUGUAAAUGUUGUUUGUUUUUUAUUGUUUCUUGCAACUGGUCUACAUUUGUAGACAGUUUUUAAUGUUACUUUUCUGUUGUUGAAGAAAAGUAAAGCGUUUAUAAGUCGAGGAAUUUUAUCUGCAACCAAUGCAGUGUGAAGUUUUAAAUAAACAGACUCUACGCUACCCUAGGUUCAAGUGUGUUCAGUAAUGAUUUUUUUCUAGCUGCUCAAGAUUGAUUAUAAAUUUAUUAUUAAAUUUCUCUUGUCCAAGUAAUAAAAAUUAAUGUUUUCAAUUUGCUCAGGUGUUUGUUAUGUUUUUAUAUGUACAUAUAAAAUCCUUUGCUAAAUUGGCAAAUUCGCACCUACCUAUUGCAUUAAUUGGUAUUUGCAAUUUUAUUUUAAAGGACACAGUUUGUCGUUGAAUUGAUCAUGUAAUUUCGUGUCCAAAAGUAAAAGAAAUUUAGAAAAUAUGAUACUACUAUUUUAUUUAACAACAGUCUCUUCACUUCCAUUAUUCAUUGUCAACAUUUUAUUCGAAAAAAUUAUUCAGUAUUUUUAUUUCCUUUUAGUACGUAGAUAAUUUCAGCAACAAACAAAACUUAAUAAUAAUUUGAGAUUAUAAAAUAAAUAAAUCACAAUAUUUGGCGAUAGUUUUGAUGAAUAAAUCUUUUUGCUAUGAUAAUUCAAACAUUAAAAUUCUUUACAAAAAGGAACCUUUAAUUGUUUAUUUCAGAUAGCAAUCGUUACACUAUAUCCUCAUAGUAAUACGAACAAUUAACUUGUUUCUAUCAAUAAAGUAUCUUAGGGAUCGAUUAUAAACAACUAAUUAAAAUUCUUUACGUCUUUCAUAGUUUAUAUUAACUGUACACUAUUAAAACCUUAAUACUUUACAGCCUUUCAAAAUUUCAUAUUUCUCCCAUUUGAAAACAAUCUGUAUUAAACAUAUUUCUCCAAACCACAAGAAUUCUUAACGAAUACACAUGAAAAAUGUCUGAAACUCAAUAUACCGCGCACAUUCAAUCUCUUCCCGCGGCACUCAAGAUUUGCGCGAAUAAUUUCCACCACAAUCCUUCCUGAGUUGGAUAUGAAAUCUCGCCGCGCCAUCCGUAAUAAGUAAAUAAAUUAAAUAAAAUAAAUCUUUCCACCCGUGGAAUAUUCACGGCGCGUGAAUCGCGUGGAAGAUCAAAGAAAGGAUCGACGAAUGUAAGAGACUCAACCGUGUCUUCGAGCGAAUGAACUACGUCGAGCCAUAACAACGUUGUAUACACGCUAUAAUAUAAAUUAUUAAACUUCCAGCGGUACGAAUGGAAAAAGUGUUCGAUCGUGCGUCGACGCAUGGAAAAUAUUCGAAAACGUUCCCUUUACUUCGAAAGAGAAAAAAGAAACAUACUUGGUGAGCGAAACUUAUUUAGAUCAUUCUCGUCGAUCGGAUCGAACGACAGCCAAAGAUCAAAUACUUUUUCCAUUCUAUCGCUCGCUGUCUGUGCCUGACCUUUGUCAAUAUUUAUUUGUCUCUUCCUAGACAGUAAAAACCGAUUAUCCGUCAGAUGUAUUAGUGAGGCGAAUUUUCCUAAAAUCUUUCGGACCAUCUGUGCCGACAAUCGUACUUUCCAAUCACCGACAUUAUACGUCCAAGCAAAUGCGCUGAUCGUCGUGGAUCGGAUCCCGAUGGCUCGGUCCGAAGGAACCGCAACCGAAACGGAUACGGAAUUUGAAGGUCCAAUCGUGUCGUAGCGGGUUACGGUAUUACGGGUAGUUGUUUACCUUAAGGGACACUACGUCGAUGACUUUGACCUUUGUGUAUGUUGUUGGAAAAACGAUUCUGAGUAACUUUCUAAUAAUUAUUAUAUAUUGAAUCAUCCUUUGCAACUCGGAAGUUUUACACUGGAUAUAUUCGAUAUUUUCUAAUGAGAUAUAAGAAAUAUAAGAUAUUUCUUGAAAUUAACUUAAUGAGAAAUUAUACAUAAAUUGAGAAACAAAGCUAUUUUACUUCAAUACUGAUGCAUUACACAAAGAAUAAUAUUAAAUAUCAAAGCUUUGAAAUUUUACUGCAUUGAAUCAAGUGCUGAUCGAUCAGGUUUUGAGAUAUUCUUCAAAAAUGUUUCGAAAUUUUGGUAGUCAUUUACAAACAGGUACAUGCUAUCAGUUUUAAUGACUUUGAAAUACCUUGUCAAUUCGCUUACAAUAAUAAUAAAAUAAUAUAGAAUGGACAUAUAAACGCAUGUGUAAGUUGCUAACAGGAAAGUAUGUCGGUAACAGUGAAAGCGAAAUAAUAAUAAUUAGGAAAAGUUACUUAUAAUUAUGUCCUUAACGAUAUAUGCGAUUCCAAGGUCAUCGAUAUAAUGCCCUUCAAAGUAAAUAUUUACCGCGUUGUGUUUUUACUUGUCAAUUCGUUGUUUAUCUGCGCCGAGGUAGUCCUCGUGUCCCAAUUAUUCUCGUCAAUUACAUGAAACCGUGCUAGACUCCCCUCAUUUUUCUACGGGCACUAAAGAACGUGAUUGCGAUGACCCAGAACGCCUAGGCAGCGUGUGGAUUCUAGAGUUCCCCGCAAACCGUUCACCUUCGGCUCGAGUUCCAGUAAUUGUUCUGAAUUACAACUCCACUUUCAAAUAGACUGCCUAUUUUUUUUUAGCAGUUCUUAUUAGUCCCCUAACAAAAUAAUUGAAAUGCCUUGUUCUUCAAACAAAAUAAAUAGUAUGGGUGUCUAGAUCUUAUAUUACAUUUCAUAAAUUUUAGAAGACGGUGGAAAAACAAAUCAUUAGAAUUGGAAACAUGCAAAUUGAAAAAUGAAAAUAAUAAUUCAAUAUUUAUAAAGUGAUUCAUUACUUUCUAAAGAUAUAUAAUUCUAGCAAGACCUUUUCUUCUCUUCGCUAAUAGGUAAUACAUUUUUGCACAGAAUUGAUAAAUUAUUAGAUUUGUAGAUUAGAAUUUAUAACGUAAGCUAUUUUGACAUAUAGUCAUCAUUGUUCAGUUUUCUUUAUGCCUAAUUUCUGGCAUCUAGUCUAAUAUAUAAAAGACGUAACUUCGUAGAAACAGUCUUUAUACCAUAUUCUAUCCUUUCAUCAUGAAAAUGAAUUUUUGAAACAUUUAUAACAAAGGUUCAUCUUUUAGACACUUAUUUAAUUAUUAUUUGAUUAAAGGAAGGUUUAGGAAAAACGGUUAUGAAAAACGACAUUGAGAAUCCUUUUACUGACUUUUGAUGAAUGCAAAACGAAGUACGAAAAUUUGAGUUUUCUCAGAACAUUGUUCUGGCUUAGAUCUGGUUUAGAUUCUGUGACAUCCUUAUUUUGCAUAGAGGCAAAACGAGCGAUGGUAAACUACGAACGUUGUGAGAAUUAUUUUCACAACCUAAUAUUAUUAGUAUUAAUGAUUAAUAUUUAAAUUAGUCGUGAUUUGGAACAAUUACCCGAGUUUCUUCCGCGUUAUCCUCAUGUUCCCGGUUUCAUCGUCCAUUCGACUCCAUCUCACCUUACAGCAACACUAAUUAGCGAGUAAGAAAUUGAUCGUUGAACGUUGAACAAGAAGUUUUACCGGAUGCACGUGUGACGAUGUGGAAUACAUACUACAGUCAACCACUUGUUCUCUUCUUUUUUUUAACCUUUAUCGUCUGUGGCUUAAAGGGUCCAGUUUCUGGAGAAGCUUAGAAAAAUUAACGUGUACACGGUGUUUUCGCAAUUAACAUAUAACCGGAAACCGUAUAGUUCCUUUUAUAAAACUGCUACACUGAAAAAGUAGUUCCUUCAAAUGUAUUUUACAUUUAAUUAAUUUCUUUAGAUGUUAUUUAUAUUACAAGCGUGAAAACUGGCUUCAAGUUGGAUUAGGAAACACCUUUAGUAAAAUAUUUCAGAUAUUAUUAGAAUUGGAAAAAUUGUAUAUGGCAAAUUUGAAUGUUUUAUAACAAUCAUGAUAAGAUGAUUUCAAGAAACUUCAUUCGUUUAAGUAUUUCAUUAAGAAAUUGUUCUGUUGUAUUAAUUUAUCUAAUGAAAUUUUAAUACAUUUUCCAGCAGAUUUUCGCAUAAACAUUAUACAAACAUGCAAAAUGCAGAUUUAUUGAACUUUUGACGUUUGCACCAUAGAAAAUGUUAUUACAAGUUUUGUACUUACUUUUUUUGUAAUAUUAUUACGAUUGCUGGAACACUGUAUUUUUCGGUACGUGGGUGUAUUUAGGAGUACGUGUCAAUUUUUUAUCAGUCUUAUCUGAAACAUAUAAUAUUCUAUUUGUAUUGUAGAAAGGUAUCUCAAGAAUUCGAAAGUAUUUUGAUCUUACUAGCAAACAAUGAUUUUAUGUAUUCUGCGGUAAGCUUUUUAUGGGACCAAUUUUGAAGUUGGCUUUUAAAUUUACAAUUUCCUUGACACCGAUAAAAUAUGUGAAAAAUUCUUGGGGUUACAAUUGUAAUAUAUUGCAGACAUGUUCAUACAGGGAAUCAAUAAUUUUGAAAAUAUAUACCACCAAAUAUGUUUUUUUAAAUUUACGGUUCUUUAACUUUUAACACUGAAAUAUAAUUCGGUGACAUUCUUCUUAGGAUUUAAAUCUUAUUUCUUUUUUCUGAUAUAAAUAUCAAACUGAAAUAAAAUAGAAAUGCAUUAUUAAGUGCUUUUUGAAAAUCUCGUUCUAAACAACAGCUUAAAUUUUUUUUAAAACUAAUGUUUAUGAAUACUUUAACAUGUAAAAGCAAAACGGGUUAUCAUUGAGGUAUGGUGCAAGACGCAAUUUUGUGAACUUUGCGACAAAAAAAAUUAUCAGAAGGUACGAAAUUUUAUUUGAUAUAAAUUCAACGCUUUUGUAUACUUUUCUGUUCACGAAAUAAUGAGAAUUUUUAAUUAAUGCAAUUCUGUAUUUAUAAAAGAUGAAAGGCAUUAUACAUUAUUGAUAUCCAUUUUUAUUUCAUUAGAUUUACAUAAAAUUUAAUCGUUUAUUUAUUACUGUGUUGUCAGCAUAGUUUUUCAUUUAAAAAAUGUGCAGAAAAAGUAGCAAUUAAUGAGAACUUUGUUUUAUAUACUAUAACGUAAUAUCUUUAAUAAGUGAAUCGUUGAACUUUCCAUGAAAAUAGUUUUUUUUAAUUACACUUGUUAACAUAAUCACAUUUUGUAUGUAAUUCGUUAUGUCAUUACUUAACUACGUAUAUAUUGAUAAUAAUUAUCAAAAUAUUAGCACACAAUUUUCAUUAUAUAAAUCUCACUUGCAAUAAAAAAAUAGAGACCCGUGUUCACAUUUCCUCUCCAAUAUGUCUAGCCAUAGUAUAAUAAAAUGCAUAAGUAAUCUAGCAUAUUGAUUCAUUUAAAAAGGUGAAUUACUUGUUUCCUUUUCCAUUAUUCAUUUCUUUAUAAAAUAAUACUUUCUAUUUUCGUAUACGGUUCCUAGAAUCAUGAACUUCCAAGAGAAUACAAGAUAUCAACACGUGAUUUCAAGAUUUCUGAAACUUCUACAACAUUACAUUACAUUCAUUCCUAAACGUGUCGAAUGAAUCUCAGCAUCAGUUUUUAAUCAAUUCAUACGACCAAAAGAAUUCUUUUCUUGGGUCAUGUUUUAGCUAAAUGGAUCGACUGAAAUAUGUUUCAACCACUGAAUGUGGUUCUACCCUUUCCUAAAAGAAGGAAAAUAGUUCUAAGCUUCUCACACGCUGACCCCUUGGGUUCCUAAUUCGCUAUUUAAAAUACAAUCUCAUGUGAAUUGUUACGAAAAUUUGGGAAAACGCUACCACGCUAAGCCGUAGUACCGUAUUAUCGCGUAUGCCGCAAAUUCACGAUAAAGAUUAAGAGAGCUGUAAGAAACUAGCGACCUACAGUUGUUGUAACAAAAGGAACAAUUUGAGAUGUACGAAUUACGUGAAAAAUGAACAACUAGUUUACGUAUAAUGUAUAUUUACUUGGCGAGAAGUAUCAUGGAACGAUGAACGAAGAAUGCUUGCUAAGCUCGCGGGCGAGUUACUACCAUGAUAUUGUAUAGUUAUUAUGUGCGUGAAAAAAUGGUCCAUAGAUAGUCCAGAAUGAAUCUCGACUGUCUUUCUUGUGUAAUCACUAGACUGCGGAUCUUUGUGGACUUAUUGUACAAGAAAAUGUGCAAAAUACAAAAAAAUAAAAAUUUUAAUAAAAUCCAGCGAAGUUUGUUGCUCAUAUUCAACCAAAAAAGAAAAACAAGAACAUGAAAGAACAAUUAUUACACAAGGUAAAGUUUCGUAUAAUUCUCCUUUUCGUACGGAAACCUUCGAUACGCGAAUUUGCAUAAACAUCAGCAGUCUAGGAACCAAUUAAAUUCUACAAGGAUUUGCUUAAAGAUCUUUGUAAUACAUCAGGAAAUUGAUGGAUUCACUACUUACAUACUGUUGAAUGUUUAAUUGUACACUAUCCAAUAAUUAUUUUGGCAAUAUCUAUUUUUAUUUGACAAUGCUGUUCGUUUAUUUGUGGGCACCCAGAUAAUUAGUGAUACGAUUAAAAGAAUUUUGAAGCAAAAUUACUGAAAGCUUCUUAGCAGUAUGAAAAAUGAAAUCGAUUUACUAUGAGUUGAGAAGGUAUAUUGAAGGUAUAAUGGAGUAAUGUAAAUCUUUUGCAGUAAAUUAAUGAAAAUUUAUUGUUUCAAAAACAAAUCACUACAGUCUCAUAAUUAAAAAUUAUAUGCCGAUUCUCAUUAAAAUUAUGUAGUAAAAUAAAUCUGCGCUGACUCUCUUGAAAUCAGAAGCACUAAAAAAUGACCACUGAAAUACUUAUUAAAACUUAUUAUUAAAUGUAAUUACAUAUAGUUACUUAAAUGUCUAGUAAUCAAAUGUAGUAAAUAUGACUGAUCCCAAUUGAAUUAUCAAACAAACGGAAAUAGAUUAUUAUUAUAAUUAUUAUUACAUUGUUAUUAAGUGUGAUCGAGAGUAUGCAAUGGAUUAUCAAUUAUUAUAAAUUGUCUUAUACCGAAAUAAACUUGAAAAGAGAAGUGAAAUUUCUUUAAAACUUAGCCUAAGUUUCAGUAAAGUAAACAUAAGAGUCUCAUUUAUACGCCCCCUUAUUUCUUUGGGACUUUGUUUUUUCCUUAGUUACAAUAAACAGUGAAAUGUAGUUUCACCAACAAUUCAAUAAUAAAUUAUUGAAGUCUGAAAAUGGAGAUUUACAGUGAAAUUUUAAUUAUUUACCUGAAUUUAUAAGAAUAUCUGAUGCAACAAUCUUCAGAUUGGUAUUUACUUCCUUAUUUAUUGUUACACAGAACUUACAAAGACUAUUUAGUACAAGGUAUUCCUAAAGAAUUGUAGUCAUUAUAAAAUAUUUUAUAAUUACAAUAUAAAGAUACUCAAAUUUAUAGA